AAAUUGAUAUCUGCAGGUGCGAAGAGGGUCUCAUUUUCGUUCACAUUCUUCAGCGACUGCGCCUUUGGAUCUUCCUUCUUCGAUCUCCAAGACAGAGCAAUGGGUCACUCCAACGUUUGGAACUCUCACCCCAAAAACUACGGUCCCGGUUCUCGCGCUUGCCGUGUGUGUGGGAACCCGCAUGGAUUAAUAAGGAAGUAUGGCCUUAUGUGCUGCAGGCAAUGCUUCCGUAGCAAUGCCAAGGAAAUUGGCUUCAUUAAGUAUCGCUGAAGUGCUGUUGAUACCUGCCCCACCAAGCGUAUGUUAUGGCAUUAGGAUGUUUUG